AUGGAGGAGGGUGGCUAUUGGCGGCCAUCUUGCUCGACGCUGUCGCUCGCUGAGCACCAUGGCAGCGCAACGCACCUGUGCGCGAGGCACGCGCCGCAGCCGGCGCGACUCGCGCACCGUCAUCCCCCCCAUGCGCACCAUUCGCACGCGCACCAGCACGCGCACGCCCACCACCUGCAGCACGCGCAACACACCUCAUGCCCCGUACACAGCCCGUACAGACAACCGACGCCGGAGUAUUGUGCCGCACAUUCACAGUUACAGGCCCUACUCCAGGCGCAUGAUGUGGUGGCCCGAGAAGUGUACGGCGAGGAGUCUCUGCGGGCGUCACCACCGCCAGUCAAUGGCCGUACCACUGCACCACCACCCGAAGAUGAGGACGACACAGAACCUGAGUUCGAGAACGUGACCAGGGUGCGCCUCGUGCAGUUCCAGAAAAACACCGACGAACCUAUGGGCAUCACACUAAAAUUAGCUGACGAUGGACGAUGCAUCGUAGCCCGCAUCAUGCACGGAGGGAUGAUACACAGACAGGCGACGUUACAUGUCGGCGAUGAGAUCAAAGAGAUCAACGGCACGCCCGUCGCCAACCAGUCCGUCGCCCAACUACAGAGAAUGCUGCGAGAAGCUCGUGGAUCGGUGACAUUUAAGAUCGUGCCCUCAUAUCGUUCAGCGCCGCCACCAUGCGAGAUUUUCGUGAGAGCGCAAUUUGAUUACGAUCCAUUAGAAGAUGAAUUGAUUCCGUGCGCUCAGGCCGGCAUCGCUUUCAAUACUGGUGAUAUUCUGCAGAUCAUCAGCAAAGAUGAUUCCCAUUGGUGGCAAGCUCGCAAGGACGCGUCUGGCGGUUCAGCUGGUCUCAUUCCUAGCCCUGAACUACAGGAAUGGAGAGCAGCAUGCGCUGCCGCAGAAAGAUCUAACACCGAUCAAGUUAACUGUUCCAUAUUUGGACGUAAGAAAAAGCAGUCGAAAGACAAAUACUUAGCGAAACACAAUGCUGUGUUUGAUCAACUCGACGUUGUGACUUACGAGGAAGUUGUGAAGUUACCAUCAUUCCAAAGAAAGACUAUCGUGUUGCUGGGCGCCCACGGCGUUGGUCGACGACACAUAAAGAACACUCUCAUUGCGCGACACCCAGACCAAUAUGCUUAUCCUAUACCACACACUACAAGACCACCUAGAACCGAUGAAGAAAACGGCCGACACUAUUACUUCGUUACCCACGAAGAAAUGAUGGCUGAUAUUGCGGCUAACGAAUAUUUGGAAUAUGGUACUCACGAAGACGCGAUGUACGGCACUAAGCUAGAGACAAUUCGUCGCAUACACUCUGAGCGUCGCAUCGCCAUAUUGGACGUGGAACCGCAAGCUCUGAAGAUUUUGCGCACUGCAGAGUUUGCGCCUACGUCGUCUUUAUAG